AAAUGACUACAUCACAUGUAGCUUUCUAGACACGUAAAGUCAAAUAAAUACAAAUAAAUUAGAUCACGACGUGAGCAAUUUCCUUAUCCGACUGUAUUUAAACGUCUCAACAAACUGACCCGCCAAAAUAAUCAUAAAUAAAUUUCCAUAAUUCGAAUUAUAUAAACUUAAUAACAAAAACAAUUAUCCUUCCUUAAUCCUAUUUUGUUUUUACUUGAUUCUUCAUUCUCAGAAAUCUUGACCAUGAAGGAGGAUCGUCGUCUUCCUCACAAACGCGACGCCUUCCAAUUCUUGAAAACCAAGGCUGCGUACGUUAUCGUCAUAGUUCUAACCUACGCCUUUGGUUACUUCUCCGCCUACCACUAUCAUCAACCGCUGCAGCAGCAGCUGCCACCGUCUACGACAGCCGUGGAAACGACAAAACCUCAAGUUUGUUCAAUCGACAACUUCCGAGUUACGACUCCAUGCGGCAAUCUUGUUCCGCCGGAAUUGAUUCGCCAGACUGUUAUUGACCGGAUCUUUAACGGAACUUCUCCGUACAUCGAUUUCCCACCACCGCACGCCAAGAAGUUUCUCCGGCCAAAAAGAAUCAAAGGUUGGGGAUCAUACGGGGCCGUUUUCGAGAAUCUAAUCCGCCGAGUCAAACCUAAGACGAUCGUCGAAGUCGGGAGUUUUCUCGGCGCGUCGGCGAUACACAUGGCGAAUCUCACGCGCCGACUUGGGCUCGAGGAGACUCAGAUUCUAUGCGUCGACGACUUCCGUGGCUGGCCCGGUUUUCGAGACCGGUUUAAGGACAUGGCUUUGGUUAACGGUGACGUUCUGCUUAUGUACCAGUUUAUGCAAAACGUGGUUAUCUCGGAUUUUUCCGGUUCGAUAUUGCCGGUUCCUUUCUCGACCGGUUCGGCUUUGGAGAAGCUGUGUGAGUGGGGAGUGACGGCGGACCUGGUGGAGAUAGACGCGGGUCACGAUUUUAAUUCGGCAUGGGCGGAUAUAAACCGGGCGGUUCGGAUACUCCGACCCGGCGGUGUUAUAUUUGGUCACGAUUAUUUCACGGCGGCGGAUAAUAGAGGAGUGAGGAGAGCCGUGAAUCUGUUCGCAGAGAUUAACCGGUUAAAGGUCAAAACCGAUGGUCAACAUUGGGUUAUUGAUUCGGUCAAAGUAACCUGAUUCCCUUUUUCCCAUAAGGAAUGAAAAAAUUCGAUGUAUAAAUAAUAAGAAAAUGUGUAAUAUUGCAUAGUCAAUUCAUAUUUUUUUUCCAUCUUUUGAAAAUUAAUGGAUUUGAGGUUUUUGAUUGUGUAAUGAGAAAAAAUAUUUGAUUGAUCAGGUGAAACAAAAAAAACAUCAUUUUUUUUGUUUUUACUUCAAAUUGAUGAAGUGUUCCAUGGAAGUGUAUUUUCAGAAUAUUAUUUUUUUCUGUGAAAAAGGUAAUUAAUAAAGGGACAAGAUUUGCGAUCUC